CUGGAAUGAACUUUAGAGCUUUUGUCUAUAACAACACGCUGACAGCUGUCACACAGCAUGACGACAUCCUCUAUGUUCCCAACAUUGCCCGUUUCAAGAAGACGAUACUCAGUAAGAUCCAGUAUUUCUUUGAUAACGAUCUAAAGCCGGCAAUGGAGAAAGAGGGCAACUACAUUGUGGACUUGUUCUUGGCACCAAACAAAAUCUUUGUCACUGAGCUCCACCCAUUCCAUCAGAGUACAGGGGCGUGUCUCUUCACUUGGCAGCAGUCCCAGAAAGUUCUCAUGGGAGGAAGUGGUAAUGAUACUGCUGUGGAACUUCGUCAUAUCCACACUCCAUUUAAGAAGUGUUUUACGGGUCUCCUUCCUCACUGGCAGACUGUGUGCGAGACUGUGACACAGAAUAAGAGAGGAGAGGAUGAAUCGACCGGAAAUAAAUGUGUCAUCCUUUAAGAGAAACUAUACUAGCUCUAUCAUGAUCAUCAUCAUUAAUUUAUUAUUAUUAUUAUUAUUAUUAUUAUCAUUUAAAAUUAUUUGAAGUGACAGAUAUAGAAUUAUAAUUAAACUAACUAUAAUAAUAUUAUUAUUUUAUUUAUGAAUCAUUUCAGUUACUUUCCCUUUUCAUUUCCAUUCAUUUUCAUGCUA